UAGUGCAAGGAAUUUUUGGUACCAAACGAAGCUUCUUCCUUCAACUUGUUCUGUAAAAACCUUUGGAGUGUUCUAUCGCUUGUGAGCUUGUGACUGCUAUAAGAUGCUCUCUGAAGCCAAAGCCAUUGCAUUCUCAUUCUACAGUGUAAAUUAAGGAUGACAUAUGGGGAAGCCUUGAAAGUUGUAUUUCCGCUUUUGGAUGGCAAAGACCUUGCUUCAUGUAUGUGUGUAUGUAAACAGUGGAGAGAUUUUGCAAGAGAUGAUUAUUUUUGGAAAUGCUUAUGUGCCAAGCGAUGGCCCUCAAUCUGCAAGAGGCCUACACCUCCCCCUUUAUCCUAUCACAAGCUCUUCCAGAUGUCUUAUAAACACCACCAUCAGAAAACUCUUCUUCCCCCAAGACUCUCCUUUGAUGACUUGGAGUUCUACGUAGACAUAUGGGCUGAAGAAAGAAUAAUCUUCUCAGAAAUGGUCCCAGGCUCCGUCCUUCGAGGGGGGAUGAAGGACCUGCCUCCUGGAAUUUGUGAAAUGUUGAGGUUUCACCUGGAGGGUCCCGAGUACAAGAUGAUAAUACCUGUUGAGCCUAAGUUCAACAUUCCUCUGAGCCAGACCGUUAGUGUCUCUGUGCUUGUGGGUCGGAGGGAUAACAACAAGGUAGCUUGCAUUGUCAACAAAUCCUUUUUUGAUUACAUAGAUCGGACAGCAUACAGAGCCCUCGCUUUUGAUUACCUCGACUUCUCCCCGGUCUACCCAUUCAUCUCAGGCAUCCGUGCUUGGGUUUCGUUGCUCUUCAUGGAGGAUGGAGGUGAUGGAGUUAUUGAUGUUUUUGGAUUCGAGUUGGACUUCUGUGAUGUUGCGAACUCUGAAAAUGAGGUUUUGUGGCUGCUAGACAUGCUUGAUUGGAAAUAAGAGGUAUCAAAUAUAAUUAUCUUGUUUAUGUUUUCUAUGAUGUUGCGGAGGCUUUGUAUAGUGAAACUUGUUAUUAUGCACAGCUUUCUCAUGGCAUGACUUAUCUUAUCACUGUUGUUGUACUUGUG